UGUUAGGAGUUAGGACUGCUGCUUUAAAAGUUGAAGAAGGUCUGUCAUACAGUUUCUACUACAUUCUUAACUGCGUUUGGUCUUCUCUUGAGUAAUUUAUUGAAGAGACAGACUGAAAGGUAUCUCAUUACAUGUUACACAGCUUGAUUUGUGCCUUUAAAGCCCACUGAUUUUCUGAACAGUAUUUUUCAUUGACUUGAAAUCCUAAAAAAUAUACAUUUGCUUAGAGGAAGUUUCAAAACCACAGUGUCAAGUAACAUGAGAGAAGAAACUAUUUGCCCAGAUUCCCCUGAGGGGAGCUUGGUGACCAGUGAGGAAGAGACAGAUCAGCUCGACAAGAAGCAUUUUCGGAAGCGCAGUUUCCUCUUGAGAAAAGACAGUGAAGGAUCAGUCGCAUCACCUGGUAAGAGGUGCAAAAGAAGCCCUGUGAUGCAAAGUUACGAAGACAUGCAGACUCAGAGAGUGAUCGCUAAUGUACGGGAGAGACAGAGGACGCAGUCCCUUAAUGAUGCUUUUGCUGAACUCAGAAAGAUUAUCCCAACUCUUCCUUCAGACAAGCUGAGCAAAAUCCAGACACUGAAGCUGGCUGCCCGCUACAUUGACUUCCUGUACCAGGUACUUCAGAGUGACGAGCUGGAUUAUAAGAUGGCAAACUGCAACUAUAUGGCCCAUGAGAGACUCAGUUAUGCAUUCUCUGUCUGGAGAAUGGAAGGGGCCUGGUCCUUAUCCACCUCAAACUAAUUCUCAUUCAUCAUAAAGGUGAUCAAAUACCACUUGGACCCUCUUAGGGCCUGGUGCUCUGAGAAACCAGAAGGUCUCUUUCCUAUCUCUCCAGGGUGAAGAAUAUUCAGAAAUCCUAUGCACAACCGUUUUCACUCCAAACAAAUCUUCUGAAAUGAGAAACUUCAAGAAAGAAAUUUCUGCUGAUCACCAGCAAUUUGCUGAAUUAACUGGAACAACUCUACAAUCGUAUAUAGCAAAGCAGCAUAAAAAAUGUGAUUGCCUUCAUCUUGGAGAGACUUGUAUAAAAAUAUUAGAAAAAUAUUUAUUGUUGAGUAGAAGAGAACAUGAACAUUUAAAACUGCAUGCUUUCGCUAUCAUUAUACUUGCUGUUUAUUCCUUUCCAUACUGUACUUGUGUAAAAUGCUGUAAAUGUACUUUAAACAUUUACAGUCUGUUGCUGUAUAUGUUGCUGAAUACAUAACCACUUAAGGCAAAAAAAAAUAUUUUACAUCACAUUAUUUUGCAGGCUCUGGUGCAGUUCAUUUGUUAUAAAAUUAGAAGAAUGCAAAACAAUGUUUCUAUACUUUGGAUUUCGAGAUGUUAGACAAAUGCUCCUUGUCAUGUGCUGAGCAGUUCAACCUUAAAUGUUUUUUUUUUCAUCCUGCAAAGACACUUUCUCACUUCCCAGUUUAUGUGGAGAGUUUGCUGAUCACUUGAGAAAACACUUUGAUACACUAGGAGAUGUGAUGUGGACAGGACCUGACACUACAUGACAGUAUAGGACUAUGGAGUGCAGGAAAGAGUAUGAAACAGUAUAUAAUAUUAUAUAAUAGUAUAAGCAGAGUUCAGCAAGGCAGAACAGUGAGACAAAUGACAUGUACAUAGACUGUAAAUGUAUUGUACAAGUCAAACACAUACCUUUCACUGACAAACAUUUGUCAGAAAAAGUUCCCUUACUAAAACAUAAAAUAAACUUCACUAACUUAUCCAUUUUCCCUACACACUGUGACUUGGAGGGGGUAGCUGCCCAUUAAGAGGGGUAGAUGUCUAUACUCUCCUUCAUAUCUCAUAAAAUGUAAGCCACUCCAAGACUGCACUUAGCCAGAUUCACACAUCCUUCCCCAAAGACCUUGACUCAGACAUUAAUUAGCAUGGUAUUCCUUUCAAUGUCCCUGCACAUCACCAGUUGGCAAUGCAUACUGGAAUAUGAGAACAACACUAUAGCUAAGCUGUGGUCGUACAUAGACUGUUAUGUAUGACAACACCACUCUGGGAUUCACUUCCUCAAGCUUCCUGACAAAACUGUCAAAGCCACCCUACACCAUGAGACAAGAUAAAGACAUCUGGGAAAGGUCAGUCUUUUUAAAAAUACUCCAGUUGUAUUAUUGUUUAGUGUUCGACUAACCCUUAGUAUUUAAUAACGUAGAGCAGGACCAGACAUACUAGUGUAGCGUAUUACAUAACUGGAUACAAUAGGAUAAAAGGCAGUAAUAAUGCAGGAUGAAAUAGGUAGGAGACUACAGAACAAAUCUAGUAACAUGAAGGAGGCCAGAAUAAUGUAAGAUGAACAAAAUGUAUGACAGAACAGGUUAUAAUAAAAACUGAGAGCUCUGCAGACCAGGGCAGGAUGUCAACAAAAGGUCCAGUGGCAAGAGUGACAUAAAUAGAUGAGGUAGGCAGGGUAAACUAGAAUUGGGAGGCACAGAGAACAAUAGUGCACAAGAGAGAGGAUAAGAAAAAGGUACACUCAUACUGCUCAGCUAUCCAGAACUCGCGCUAAUAGGCUGAGAGGCAUGGUGGUACUGAAUAUGGCAGUAUUGUAUAGAAUGCAGAGCAAAUAAACAGCCUAAAUCACAGAGAUAGUGUAUGAAACUGCAGCAACGUGAUGACAUUGGGAGGGGGAGGCUGUAUAGAUUUAUUUUAUGCUUCUGAUGGUACACAUUUGGAAGUAUACUUUGACAGGGACUGAGCAAAAUAAAGUACCUUUAGCCCUAAGGGGUGAUAUGAGAAAGCUUUGCUUAUUGUGGAAAAAAAAUUAAUUAUGGUGUUUUGAGUGCAAAAACAAAUCAGUGCACAUUUCCACUUGAAAUAUUCUUCGUAUUAAAUAUAGUAGCAAGUGAUGUGAAGAAAUGGUAAAUUUGGGUAAUGUAUGGCAGAUGGAUUUAAUGUGUUAGAAAAGUUACAGUACAACAGGUUGACUGUAAAUAAAAUUCUGACUUUUUCUGUUGCAUAUUAAGACUAAAUUCUGAAUCAAGAUUGCCUUUUGCAUUAAAGACGUUCACAGCUCUAGUUUGUCAUUUCUGUUUCAGACAACAAUGAAUGUAGACACAAGACAGCAUCAGUCUGCCUUCCUGACUUUAUAUUCAAAGUAAUGGCAGUGCCAAUGAAAAAAGGAAAUGUACAGCAAUGUAACAAAAAGCCUUAAGAAUUAUUUAAAGAAACAAAACAAAAUGACUUGAAAGGUCUUUGCUAGUGAACUAAUAAAAAAAUGCAGAGAUUUCUGUGAUAAGUUAUGAAUGCCCUCUUGCUAUAUACCACUAUCUGAGAGCCCCCAGCACUAUGCAUUGUUUGUAUAUUCAUCUGCAAAGUGUUAGUGUUUUUAAUAAACUUUCUUUUAUUUGACUGCAA